AUGUACGCUCUGUCUCGUAUGUACUUCGUAAACUCAUUUGAUUUCCUCAGCUCGUGCCUCGCCACGAAAUGCCUGAACGGCGGAGUAUGCAUGAAUACUUCUAGCAUCUUUAGAUGCAGUUGCCCUCGCUUAUACAAUGGUCCGUUCUGCCAAUUUGACGCAAAUGACACAAACUACGAGUGGAAUACCUUGGAAGUUGCGAUAUUCUUCUUUGUUGUUUUUAUGGUGGCUUUUGCAAUUGCAAUAGUAUGCUGCGCAUCAUCGAAUCAUAUGGGAUUUUAUAUCAGUGUUCCAGCUAAGCAUUACAACAGAUGGGAGGAAGAUGAAGAUAUGUUCGACUCAGUAACGGAUGGCGAGCAAAUCAUGGCAAUGGCUAAUAUUCGAAAAGGAAUCGUGGUGUCAAGGACCCGUGAGACUGUUCUUGCCGACAACGAGGAUUCUGGAAUGCUACAACUCUAG